AUGGCCCUGGCCCGCAUCACUAGUCUCACUGUCCUGCUGGCUCUGUCAGGAUCACAUGUCAAAAAUUCUGAAGGUCUCUGUCCCAAGUGCCCUGAAAAUGCCAGCUGCUCCAACAGUACCCACUGUGCUUGUAAAGAUGGAUUUCAGUCCGUGUCUGGGAGGAAGUACAUUGAGCCCCAUGAGAAGUGUGAAGAUAUCGAUGAGUGUGAGACUGGUCUGGCAAAGUGCAAGAAGAAAUCCUACUGCAGAAAUGAAAUUGGAAGUUACUACUGCAGCUGUAUCCCAAAUUCUGUCUUCAACUUUGUGGCUGGCUUAUUUAAAUUAGAUUAUAAAGAGUGUUAUGAGGCCACUGGUGAGGAGAUACAGGUCUCAAGGGGCACUCAGGAAAUUCUGGUGAACAAUGGGAGCAAAAAUCACAUUGCAAAAGUGGCGACCCAAGUACUUCAAGACAUGGAACUGAUCAUAUGGACUGAGACUUUAGCUUUUCCAGGAAAGUAUGAGAAUGCUACGCUUGGUAUAGUUUAUGAAACCAAGAGGUGCAAUGACACAAGUGAGAAGACUCUUCUGGAGGCUGGAAAUAACACUAUGGAUAUCAACUGUACUGAUGCUUUCAAAGGAACCAUAGGAGAUAGAAGUGCAGUUGCACUUAUCACUUAUCAAUCUCUUGGGGAUAUUCUGAAUGGAUCUUUUUUUAAUGAUGGAAGAGGGACACAGGGGGUGAAAGUGAACUCUCGUGUCACAAGUGGCACCAUUGGUAUGAAGGAAAAAGUAUAUCUCUCUGAACCUGUGUUCCUGACCUUCCAAAAUAUACAGCCUGGUGGUGCAAGAGCAAAAUAUUUCUGUGUCUCCUGGAAUGCAUCAGAGGAGGGGGGCGCCUGGUCAACGGAGGGCUGCUCUCAUGUGGGCAGCAACGAUUCACACACCCGAUGCAAAUGCUUCCACCUUUCCAGCUUUGCUGUUCUCAUGGCUCUUGUUCCCAAGGUGGAUCCUGUGCUGACUAUGAUCACCUAUGUGGGGCUGAGCCUCUCUCUGCUGUGCCUCCUCCUGGCAGCCCUCACCUUCCUCCUGUGCCGACCCAUCCAGAACACCAGCACCUUCCUCCACCUGCAGCUUUCCAUUUGUCUCUUCCUGGCCCAUCUGCUCUUCCUAACAGGGAUUGACCAAACUAAGCCUGAGGUGCUGUGCUCCAUCAUCGCUGGUGUGCUGCACUACCUCUACCUGGCCUCCUUCACCUGGAUGCUCCUUGAAGGGCUACAUCUUUUCCUAACUGUCAGAAACCUCAAGGUGGCCAAUUACACCAGUGCAAGCAAAUUCAAGAAGAGGUUCAUGUACCCUUUUGGCUAUGGGGUUCCAGCUCUGAUUGUGGCUGUGUCUGCAAUAGUAGGACCCCAAAAUUAUGGAACAUAUGAUCGCUGCUGGCUCAAGCAUGAUAAAGCGUUCAUCUGGAGUUUUAUGGGACCAGUGGCAGUCAUUAUCUUGAUAAACUUGGUGUUCUACUUUCAAAUCCUGUGGAUUUUGAGAAAUAAACUUUCCUCCCUCAACAAAGAAGUUUCUACCAUUCAGGAUACCAGAGUCAUGACAUUUAAAGCCAUUGCUCAGCUAUUUAUACUGGGCUGUUCUUGGGGCCUUGGCUAUUUUAUGGUUGAAGAGUUCGGGAAGGUGAUCGGAUCAGUCAUUGCCUACACAUUCACCAUCAUCAAUGUCCUGCAGGGGGUUUUGCUCUUUGUGGUACACUGUCUCCUUAAUCACCAGGUGCGAAUGGAAUACAAGAAGUGGUUUAGUGGGAUCUGGAAAGCGACUGAGACUGAAAGCUUUGACGUAUCUCGCUCUAUGAUCCAAACCAAAAUGGUGCUGUGCUCCAUCAUUGCUGGCGUGCUACACUACCUCUACCUGGCCUCCUUCACCUGGAUGCUCCUUGAAGGGCUACAGCUUUUCCUAACUGUCAGAAACCUCAAGGUGGCCAACUACAUAAUUACAGGGAAGUUCAAGAAGUUCAUGUAUCCUUUUGGCUACGGGGUCCCAGCUCUGAUUGUAGCUGUGUCUACAGGUGUUGGACACAGCAGUUAUGGGAUACAUACUAAGUAAGCACGGUGUCUUUGUCAUGAGGAAGUAAUAAUAUAUGUAUGAACUCCCAUGUAUUGAACAUCUACUACCUGCUCUGUUGUAGGUGCUGUGGGCACCCCAGGAAACAAAGCAGACAAUAAGCAAAUAGACAUGGAAU